AUGUCUGAUGCCACAGGAUCAUACGGCAAAGGUGUUCUGCUAAAGGCAGACACAAUAGCGAACUAUUUUCGCGAUGAAAUAACUGCGGUCCUGUCUACGCGUCCGCGUGCAUCCAAGCUUGUCGGAAUCCUCGCGACCUCUGCAGUCUCUAGCAGGUUCUAUGCCGAGUUUACUCAAAAGCAGUGCAAUUCACUUGGCGUGAAUUUUGUGUUGAAAAAAACCGGGGCGGCAGCAGAUAUCUCAUUAAGUGAAGGAGAUGGAGUGGAGGAGGCGAUCAUCGAAGCAAACGAGGAUCCGAGCGUGGACGGGAUCAUGGUAUACUAUCCGAUUUUUGGCGGUCAACAGGACCAUUAUCUGCAGCAGGUUGUUUCGCCCUUCAAGGAUGUCGAAGGAUUGCACUUCAAGUUUCAUUACAAUUUGUAUCACAACAUUCGAUUCCUAGACCCCAAGACUCUUUUGUCUUCAGUUCCUUCUACGACAGCACCCGCACCGGCAGUCGAAGAUCAACCACCCCCGGGCACCGUGAAGUCCAUUCUUCCAUGUACGCCGCUCGCGGUGGUCAAAUGCCUCGAGCACAUUGGCAUAUACAACAAGCUGCUUCCCUAUGGCGAUGGUGCGUAUGGAAAGACCAUCUCCGUCAUUAAUCGAUCUGAGGUAGUUGGGCGGCCGUUGGCUGCACUCCUCGCAAACGAUGGUGCACGCGUCUUCUCCGUUGACAUAGAUUCUAUACAGGAAUACACCAAACGUCCCCGCGAAAAUACAGACGUCAAGCGGCGCUACUUUCCACGGCAUGUUGUACGUCCCAGCACGCAUACACUCCAAGAAUGUCUUGCGCUCUCCGAUGUCGUUGUUUCUGCUGUGCCGAGUGCUGAAUACAAAGUCAAGACUGAGUGGCUCAAGGAUGGCUGCGUGUGCGUGAACAUUGCGGCAGACAAAAAUUUCGGAGCGGAUGUGCGUGAUAAAGUGAGUGGAUCAGCUCGCUUCAAGCAGCAUUAG